AUAAACGCUGUCGAACAAAAAAAAUCUUGUAUGCUGAUGUCAUCACAGUUUGACGUUGGGUCCCCCACAUGGCAUGCAAAAAAUAGCUCCUCAAAUAUUGACCCUCAAACAUAGUUUCAGAUUCAGGUUUAAGGUUCCACCAUGGUUUCUUCCUCUUCAACCCUUUCUUUUUCUCUUCUCUUAUACCUCUCUUUUUGUGCCUUCUUCUCUCAUUCUCAAUCUCAAUCUCAAUCUCAUGACAAAGUCUCCUUAGAGUUGUACUAUGAAAGUUUAUGCCCUUAUAGCGCCAACUUCAUUGUCAAUUACCUUCCCGAAAUCUUCACCGAUGAUCUCAUCACCAUCGUUGACCUCAAACUUGUUCCAUGGGGUAAUGCCAAACUCAGAACCAAUGCCACCUUUGAUUGCCAGCAUGGCCCAUAUGAGUGCUUGUUGAACACAGUUGAAGCUUGUGCAAUUAAUAUCUGGCCCGAAUUGAGCAAACAUUUUCCUUUCAUCUAUUGUGUUGAGGAUUUGGUUUAUAAUGAGAAGUCCGGUGAGUGGGAAUCUUGUUUUGAGAAACUGGAUCUGGAUUCAAAACCUAUUACUCAGUGUUAUAAUAGUGAAGAGGGAAAAGAGCUGGAGCUACAGUACGAAGCUGAAACAAGUGCUCUGCAGCCUCCUCAUAAGUAUGUUCCAUGGGUAGUUGUGGAUGGAGAACCACUCUAUGAGGAUUAUGAGAACUUCAUAAGCUAUGUUUGUAAGGCUUAUAAAGGCCCUCAUGCACCCGACAUUUGCGCCCAAGCUUCAUAUCUUAAAGUUAAAGAAAAGGCUAAGCAUUCAGUUUGCUACAAGGAAAGAAGGUUGCCAACAUGGGAACGUGUGAGCUCAACCAUUGCAUCAAGGAUGCUCCAGAUGAACCAUGGUGAUGCAAUUUAGAUGUUUCAAUUCUGCAUGUAAAAGCGGUUUGUUAUGAGUCCCACGUUCUGUAGAAUAGGGCAUGGCCAUGGGACUCUCCUACAUAAUAAACUGAUAUUUGGGGUUUAAGUUGUAACGCAUUUUGUUCCUGUUAUCUUGUGUUGAUCACUAGAAAAGAGUAUGUGUGUAUAAAUAAAUUUAAUGGUGGAAACGUUAAAUAAAGAUACAAAAGGACGGGUUUGAUAAAGCCAAUAGCAUGAAAUUGCUUUGUAUAGGAGUUAAUUUCAAAGGGAGAAGGGACGAAAUGUUUAUUUGAUGAUAAGCUUUGUUUAGGCAUUUUUAUAUGUUAGGAAAGUUCUUAUAAAUCUUUCUAAAUUUUUGUAAACUCAUGUUUUUAAUUUUUUUUAAAUU